GAGGCCAGGGGUCGAACCUGCGUCCUCAUGCAUGCUAGUCAGAUUUGUUUCCGCUGAGCCCCGACAGACACGCCAAGAACCCAACUUCUCAUUGCUGGCUUUGAAGAUGGAGGAAGAGACCUGGAGACAUGGAAUGUGGGUGGAAAGGGCACAGAACCAGAUUUCCCCCUGGAGCCUCCAGACAGGAAUGUAGGAAUGCCCACAUCUUGAUUUUAACCUAGUGAGGUACAUUUUGAACGUACUGAGAGAGUAAUUUAAGCUGGUUUAAGCCACUAAGUUGUGAUCUUUGUUACAGCCUCUGUAGAAAACUCAUAGAAAUGGCAUGGGAUAUCACGCAGCCCUGAAUUGCUUCUGCCCGGAAGUGGCAUAUGGCGGGUCUGCUCAUAUUUCCUUGGCCAGAGCAAGCUGCAUAGGCAUGUCUAAGUUCAUAGGACUAGAAAAACUUGAUGCAUCCAUCUGCCCAGCCUUCGAGGGGAGUGGAAUGUUGGGUGUUCAAGAAGGCGAGCCCCAAUGGAAAGCUCACCGUCUACCUGGGAAAGAGGGACUUCGUGGACCACAUCGACCUUGUGGACCCCGUGGAUGGCGUGGUCCUGGUGGAUCCUGAGUAUCUCAAGGAGAGGAGAGUCUACGUGACGCUGACCUGCGCCUUCCGAUACGGCCGGGAGGACCUGGAUGUCCUGGGCCUGACCUUUCGCAAGGACCUGUUUGUGGCCAACGUGCAGUCCUUCCCGCCGGCCCCCGAGGACAAGAAGCCCCUGACGCGGCUGCAGGAGCGCCUCAUCAAGAAGCUGGGCGAGCACGCCUACCCUUUCACCUUUGAGAUCCCUCCGAACCUCCCAUGCUCUGUGACGUUGCAGCCGGGGCCUGAAGACACAGGGAAGGCCUGCGGUGUGGACUACGAAGUAAAAGCCUUCUGUGCAGAGAACCUGGAGGAGAAGAUCCACAAGCGGAACUCCGUGCGUCUGGUCAUCCGGAAGGUGCAGUAUGCCCCGGAGAGGCCCGGCCCCCAGCCCACCGCCGAGACCACCAGGCAGUUCCUCAUGUCGGACAAGCCCUUGCAUCUAGAGGCUUCCCUGGAUAAGGAGAUCUACUACCACGGAGAGCCCAUCAGCGUCAAUGUCCACGUCACCAACAACACCAACAAGACGGUGAAGAAGAUCAAGAUCUCGGUGCGCCAGUAUGCAGACAUCUGCCUUUUCAACACAGCCCAGUACAAGUGUCCGGUGGCCAUGGAAGAGGCUGAUGACACAGUGGCGCCCAGCUCGACGUUCUGCAAGGUCUACACGCUGACUCCCUUCCUGGCCAACAACCGAGAGAAGCGGGGCCUCGCCCUGGACGGGAAACUCAAGCAUGAGGACACGAACCUGGCCUCCAGCACCCUGUUGAGGGAAGGAGCCAACCGGGAGGUCCUCGGCAUCAUUGUUUCCUACAAAGUGAAGGUGAAGCUGGUGGUGUCUCGGGGCGGCCUGUUGGGAGAUCUUGCAUCCAGUGACGUGGCCGUGGAACUGCCUUUCACCCUAAUGCACCCCAAGCCCAAAGAGGAACCCCCGCAUCGGGAAGUUCCAGAGAACGAGGCGCCAGUAGAUACCAAUCUCAUAGAACUUGACACCAAUGAUGACGACAUUGUGUUUGAGGACUUUGCCCGCCAGAGACUGAAGGGCAUGAAGGAAGACAAGGAGGAGGAGGAGGAGGGCACCGGCUCUCCGAGGCUCAACGACAGAUAGACUGGGGCUGGCCGGCCCUCCCUCCGGGCGGCUCCAGGUCCACUGUCACGCACUAGGAUGCUUGCUCGUCUUCUUCCUGUCCUGGUCCCCCCUCCCUUUUGUUCUUCCAGUUACUACCAGGGGCCCCCAGUGGUCUUCCAGGUCCCAGUGGUGAACCUCUGGCCUCAGGACUAGCCCACGUCACCUUGCCAACAGGGCCACAUGAACCACCCUCACCCCUCUCGCUGCGGUCACCUCUCCACCCCUGCCCCCUUUUCCUGUUGAUCCCCAGAAAGGCCAACAGGGCUCUGGCCUUGGAAUUUGACUCGGGCUGGGGAGCAAAAAGGGGAGGGAGGGGCCCGAGGGCUCGGAGGGGUGGGACGGGGGCUGAAGACUCGUGGGAGGCCGUCCACUGUUCCCGGUGAUUCACGCAGUUCUGGCAGCUAAAACAUGACCGCGGUGAAGGCACCUCCUCUGGCUUCGAGGGCCAGACCUCCGGAGAGAUCCUCCCCGCGGUUCUCUUGGCAAACACCUGUCCCUACUUUUCCUGUCCCUGCCCCCGUCCAUCUGUGACUGACAGUGACAUUGGUGAAGGUUUGUAGACCCCAGGAACGGAGCAAAGCAGUUGGACUGACUCUCUUACCAGCAGUUGCCUAGUCUAAGGCAGGUCGAAUGAACCAGCCCCUGUCAGUAUCAUCAGGAUGCCAUCCCCUCGCUGCGUCGCAUCUAAUGUGUUUGCCCCGUUUAUAAAUGUGCACAGAGAAGGGGCGGAGGCGGGGGUCUUCAGAAGGCAUCGAGCGUCCGAAGGGCGGCUCUGAGGGAUGGGGGGCCAGGCCGGGGGGGUGACAGCCUGCCUGACUCCCUUCCUUCGUGGCCUUAGGCGGGGUCCGCGUUCCCUGGGGAAGCAAGGCUGGAGGGCCAGAGGGGCCGGGGCCACGGGUGUGCUCCUGCCCUUGCAGUUCUCAAGGGCUGGGCGGGCGGGCCCUGUCGGCUGGGAGAGGGCGCCAGAGACUGCUGUGCCCACAGUCAAAGGGGGUCCUUCCCUAGAAGGUGGCAGGAGCCAUCGAGAGGCCCUCACCUAAGAGGAAGUGGGGGGUCAACAGCCGUGUUAUGCUCCCUGACUAAUGUUGGAAGCGAAGCAGGAUGGGGCCUGGUUCGUACUGGGAUGCGAGAACACGUAGGAAUUUUUUUCUAAGAGGAAGGACUCCUUUGUUUCCCUAGGGAGUUGAUGACCCCUAAGUCGUUCCCAGUGUUAUGGGUACCCAGUACUCUUGGGACAUGGGGCAUUUCCAGGGCGACAGGGCGGGCAGUUGAUGAGGCAGAAAGUGUUCAAAGGUAUCUGCUCUUGUCUGGCCUUUGAUUCUCAUUUACUGUGUGACCUUGGGCAAGUUUCUUUCCCUCUCUGGGCCUCAGUUCUUCCCCUUGAAAACCAAGGGGUUUGACCAGGUGAUCACAGAGGAUCCUCCUCAGCUCUGCCUCCAAGAAUUUGUGAACCUUGGAGCUUCUGGUCUGGUGGGUGGAGUCAGAGCCCUUGACUCUGUCCUGUCUACCACCGGCGAGGAUUCAUUGGCCCCAGAGGUGCAGGGCCGUGGAGAGGGCCUAGCGCCCCCACCUCCGCCUGCUCCAGGCCUGAGAAGGGCCCCUCUCGAGUCCCGCCCCCGCCACAGGGUGGGGGGCUUCCCUGUAGCUAGCAUGAGCUGCUUGGCCCUGGGGGCCGGGUGUUACAGAAGGACAGAGCUUGUCUUUGCUGAGGCGUUGCAGGGGUGGGGUAGGGGGGCUUGUGAUGGGCCCCCCAGUACUUCCCACUCCCUUUGGAUGGCCUGAAGUUGACCUUAUACCCAAGCAGAUAUAUUGAUUAGCAAGGGGCUCUCUUGCUCUGUUCAGUCCCUGUCCCAUACUUGUGAAAAGGGAGACAGCAAAAUUUUACUGUAUAAUUGGAAUUUCGACCCUUCUCGGUCCAGCCCCUCCUGGGGUGGACUGUGCGACCAUUUUCCAUGGUGAAAUUACCCAGUUCACAUGCCUGGCACAGUGCCCUAGCCCUUGCCUUCAGGGAUCUCAUCAACCCUCAACCCUAGGGACACCUACCCCAGGUCAGAACCAAGUCAGCUCGGGGCAGUCGCAAUCCUCCGGCCAGUUUUGGGGUCCCUGCUGAAUCCAGCCCCUCCCAGAGCUUGCGGGGCCAUUUGCCCCCCCGCCCCUGGCAGCUGCAGAGUUGAUGAAGUGUGGGAAUAACACAUGGCCAGCAUAUGUUCUCCAAGGUUAUCUUCUGGAACCUUGGGGGCUGGUAUAAGACCCAUUAGGAUUUGGGGUGACUACAGAUGGACCUCUUCCCUCAUCACUAACCCAGUCACCCAAAAGCUUUGUCAGGCUGGUUUCUAGCCCUCCUUCCACCUCGAAAAUCACACUCACCAUUUUGGGUUUAUCCCAGCGCUGAGCUGAAAUUUCUCCAGCUGCAAGAUGCACCACGGGCCCAGUGAGCAUUUUUUUCUUUUUUCUUUUUGGGGCCGCACCCGCAGCAUAUGGAGGUUCCCAGGCUAGGGGUCUAAUCAGAGCUAUAGCUGCUGGCCUACGCCACAGCCACAGCAACGCAGGAUCCAAGCCAUGUCUGGAACCUAUACCACAGCUCACGGCAACACCGGAUCCUCAACCCACUGAGCGAGGCCAGGGAUCGAACCUGCAACCUCAUGGUUCCUAGUCGGAUUCAUUUCCGCUGCACCACAAUGGGAACUCCAUUGAGCGUUUUAUUUACUCUUUGAGUCUAGGACUGCAGAAGGGCAGUGGUCAAGUUCAUUUGAAUCUGGCUUGACCAUCCUUGGUUGAUGACAUCUCUGCUUGGUGCUGAGCCCUGGAGACAUAGAGUUGGGUCAGUCGCAGCCCCUGUUGUCAGGAAGCUCAUGAACAAGGGAAAGUUACAGAGAAAAUAAUGGUUUGAAGGCGGGGGGCGGGGGAGCCACUGCAUUCAGGGCUCCACGGUUGCUUGCUGGUCCAUGUCGCGCCUUGGUGUGAAUUAGAAACGGUGCCCCUUCCAGGUGGAUUCAACCCACCUUGGAAUGCAUAGCCCCUUCAAGUGGUCACAGGCUGGAGUUCAGCCCCCCUUGCCCCUGGGACGGGUGCCCUCCAGCUCAGCCAUGUGCUACAGCCUGUUGGGACACUCAGGCGUCUUCCUGCGAGAAAAGGCCAGCUCAUCUUUCCAAGCUUCGGGUUGGCUCAAGACCCUGCUGUCCCUGGGGCCCCCAAGCACGUCUGAGUCCUGCCCUGCAGUGGCCCUCUCCUCCCGGGGUCAGCCUCCCCGUGUGAGUCCUUGGAGUGAAACUGGGGUCGCCCCCCUGCCCCCCACUGGGCCCCAGGCACCGGCACAGUUCUGGCUUCUCUGUCCACACAUUUGGGGCCUGUGCUGACCACACAGCUCCACACUGGGACUUUGUAGUGGGCCCCAUGGGUGGCAUGUGGAUAGCAGUCGGGGCGGGAAUAAGGAGCGUGGCCUGGGGUAAAAGUCUACAGGCCGAGGGCCAGCUGGACUUCCUCAGCCUUCCAACCAAGAGAAGAGUUCGGUUUCCAUGAAGAUAAGGACUGAAUGCUUUGGCUGGACUCCACGGGCCUCCUCGGCCUCAGAGACCAAACCGGUGAGGGUGAGCUCGCCUGGGGUCUUGGUUCAGCUGGGGGAGUUGUGGACAUGCUGGCCCCACAAGGUACAGUGAAGAGCACACGUCCCUGGAAGCCCACGUCCGCUCCGUCCUGGCUGCCACCACCCAGCUGAGUGACCUUGAGCAACUCAUUCAACCUUGGGGGCUCAGUUUCUCUAACUGUGAAAUGGGACAGUAAUCGCUUUCCUGCCCGACUUAAGGAAGCCGUGAGGACCAAAGAGAGUGAAAGUCCGUGGAGAUGAGAAUGUCAGCCUGGAAGCUGCAAACGGCUGCACAGGUCAUGGCCCUGCCACCGUGGGCAUGUAGCCCAGGGUCACACAGGAAGUCCGCUGUGGGCUGAGUCCUCCUCGCAUCUGGCCUUGUCCCUUCCUCCCUUCUCACUUAGGCAGAGGUCAGUCAGGAUGAGCGGUGGCCAGUGUGGCUUUGGUGUCCCAGCUGAAAGGGAAAUUCUGAUAUUAGUCAGGAACCCCGUGCCACCAGGCAGUGGCCCCAGCUACCAAGACAGAGGGACAAGGAGGAAUAGUGCCAGUGGUGGGGUAUAUCUUUGCAUCAGAGGCCAGGAAGCCGAGGCUCUGAUCCCAGGUUAGAAAGAGCCUCCGGUGCUCGCCCAGGGGGACCGAACCCCCCACGUCCCCAUUGGAGAACCCCAAGGGUGAGGUGGAACAGAAAUGGCCUGCCUGUCCCUUCAAAGUCGAAGCCCCUUCAACCAGAGCUGCCAGUCACUUCUUGGUGACACUUGGGAGAGCUUUGGGCCCAGGGGAAACCCAGCCUCUUCCUCUGAGAGCUGAGCCCCAGGUGACCUGUCCCCAGUGGCAUCAGCGAUCCCCAAAGGCAGCUUCCCUCCUGCUUGCCACUGAGGGCUGCCUGUUCUCCACCCGUCCAGGCGCAACGCACGAACUCUCAGAGUCUCACACACACAGGACUAGUCUGAUGUUUUUAAAGUCAACAAGGACCAAAACCGACUCCCUCCACCCUCAUGCCUAAGCCUGCCGUGGGCCUGGUAUUCUGCUGUCCUGGCCCAGGCAGCUCCAUCACUUCUGUCCUUCCUCCAGGACUGAGAUGUUCUAGCUGUGGGGCAGGGUCCCACCUCUACUGCUCCCCUGCAGGCUCACAGCACAGCGGCAUCAAAGGGAGGCCCGUUCAAGGGGGAGCAUCUCCCCCGCUUUCUCCCAACUCUUCAAAAGGGAAGUCAAAGCACAGGUCCCCGGGACCCAUGAUCCCUAGACCCUGACACACUGGUUUUCAAACCAGGUGCUGCAGAACCCCUGGUGUUCCACAGAGCUUUGUCAGGGGCCGCUAUGUGGGAAGAUGGGGGUGGGGGCAAAGGCUAGGUCUCCAGGCCUCCCCCAUUCCCGUUUCCACUGGAACAACUCCGCUUUUAUCUGUCUUGCCUGUAGAGGUUUCACCUUGAAACUUUCUUUUGAAGACAAAUGUCAAACCACCAUUCUGAGGUUUGAUCUCAGACCAGCAAGCACAGGUUCUAUUCUUGCUUUGUACGUGGGAAUGGCUGUCGCAUUCCAAUACAAAGUAUCUUUGUUUUGGAACUUGGGUCUCAGACCCAGACACAAGCAUUUGCUUACACACACACACACACAAACACAUACACACGCAUUUGAUGGUUUUGUAACCCAUCUCCCCGAAACUCUGGCCUGGGGUUGAUUUGGGCAGGGGCCCCGGUGCUGCGAGGAGGGGUCUUGGCCCUGAAAUUGGCCCAGGCAGCAUGGGGGACUGUGGAGGAAGCCAAGAGGCCUGACCCCCACCCUAGGACCUGUGUCUGUGCCCUGGCGGGACACCCCACUUCCCUGGCCCAGGCCUAUGAGAUGACAGGAGCCGUGUGAUGGGAAGAGAAACUAGAGUUAGGUUCCUCUCGAGGUCCAUGCAGCUGGGGGAAAGUCCAGGUUUCAUAAAAGAAAUGCCGAGGGAGGACUUUACAACAAAAGUCCCUCUUAGGACGGCAGGAUUCCUCCAGAGACCCCAUAAGCAGCACCUUUCUGUCCAGCAAUUCUAAUAGGGUUCCGUUUCUACAUUCCUGAUCAACCGAGUGUGUGGGCAACAGGCAGGUCCCCAGGAGAGGCUAGUGUCUGUCUGUAGUCCUCUGACUGCUCUUCCUCCUGGCUGGCUCUCGGGCCAGGUCCCUCACCAGGACUGAGAGGUGGGCCCUUUGGGGAGACCUGGACCAGCCCUUGGCAUAGAAUCCUGCUCAGCCCCCACCCAGGGCAUUCCAGGUGAAAAUGCUAGACUCAGGGCACAGCAGCCCACGUGGCUUGGGAGGAGGCGUCCCGGUGCUGUCUUAUGUUCAGUCCCAGUGCACCCCGGGGAAUCGGACCUGUUUCCCCUUGUGCAAGAUGGGGGUAGUGCCAGGCUCUGCCCAUCCGACAGGAAUUACGACAAGGGUCAUAGGAGAGGUAGAUGGGAAGUGGGGCUCACAGGCUCUGGGUGCGGUCAUGGCCUGCACUGCAGAGCCACAGGGCACUCGGGGGGUGAGUGAAGGAUGCACUUCCUGGGGCAUCUCUGCUCAGUGUUCACGUCUGAUGCUGCGGCAGGUGGCUGCCUCUGCCUUUUCAGUGGGAGCUGGCGCUUAGCCUGGCACUGGGUGUGGAUCCUGGGUGCGGGGAGUGACAGGUGGCUGAAACUGGUCUCCAGGUCUGUGGCUCUUCUGUUAAGCGAUACUUUGGUGACACCCUUAUUCCUGGGCCACCUGCCAGGUUUAUCUCUUGUACCUGUGGCAUUCCUUAUUAUGUCAGAUAACUUAUUACCGUUUAUUCAAUUCUAACAGGACAAAUGAACAAAAGAACCAUACAUAGGAGACCAUUAAAGGUCUUUUGUGACAGA